AUAAAACGCUGCGCUGCCGGCGGAAUCCCCAGCUUUCUGGGGCAGCGAGCGGCCGGGCCGGGAGCCCAGCGAGCGAGCGGGGCGUGGAGAGUGUCGCGCGGCCCCUCGCGCCGGGCUCUGUUUGCAGGCCACAGCCCCGGCGAGGUGGCCCGCUCGUCCUCUGGCAGCUGUGGGGCGCGCAGCGUCGGGCCGCUGGGUGGCGGCGGCAUGAAGGUCACGUCGCUCGACGGGCGCCAGCUGCGCAAGAUGCUCCGCAAGGAGGCGGAGGCGCGCUGCGUGGUGCUCGACUGCCGGCCCUACCUGGCCUUCGCCGCGUCGAGCGUGCGCGGCUCGCUCAACGUCAACCUCAACUCGGUGGUGCUGCGGCGGGCCCGGGGCGGCGCGGUGUCGGCGCGCUACGUGCUGCCCGACGAGGCGGCCCGCGCUCGCCUGCUGCAGGAGGGCGGCGGCGGCGUGGCGGCGGUGGUCGUGCUGGACCAGGGCAGCCGCCACUGGCAGAAGCUGCGGGAGGAGAGCGCCGCGCGCGUCGUGCUCACCUCGCUGCUGGCCUGCCUGCCCGCCGGUCCGCGGGUCUACUUCCUUAAAGGGGGGUAUGAGACCUUCUACUCACAAUAUCCUGAGUGCUGUGUGGAUGUGAAGCCAACCUCACAAGAGAAGCUCGAAGGCGAGAGAGGCCUCCUCAGCCAGUGUGGAAAGCCCGUUCUCAGCAUCGCCUACAGACCCGCUUAUGACCAGGGUGGCCCGGUUGAAAUCCUUCCCUUCCUCUACCUUGGAAGUGCCUACCACGCAUCCAAGUGCGAGUUCCUCGCCAACCUGCACAUCACAGCCCUGCUGAAUGUUUCCCGCCGGACCUCCGAGGCCUGCACCACCCACCUACACUACAAGUGGAUCCCUGUGGAGGACAGCCACACUGCUGACAUUAGCUCCCACUUUCAAGAAGCAAUAGAUUUUAUUGACUGUGUCAGGGAAGAAGGAGGCAAGGUCCUGGUCCACUGUGAAGCUGGGGUUUCCCGGUCUCCCACCAUCUGCAUGGCUUACCUCAUGAAGACCAAACAGUUCCACCUAAAGGAGGCCUUCGAUUAUGUCAAGCAGAGGAGGAGCGUGGUCUCUCCCAACUUUGGCUUCAUGGGACAGCUCCUUCAGUAUGAAUCUGAGAUCCUGCCCUCCACACCCACCCCCCAACCGCCCUCCUGCCAAGGGGAGGCAGCCAGCUCUACGUUUAUAGGCCAUUUACAGACACUGAGCCCUGAUAUGCAGGGUACCUACUGCACAUUCCCUACCUCAGUGCUGGCACCGGUGCCCACCCAUUCGACGGUCCCAGAACUCCACAGGAGCCCUGUGGCCACAGCCACAUCCUGCUGAGACUGUGGUCGGCGGCUACCAGCGAAUCCCCAAGAGCAACUGUGAUUUUUGUUUUGUUUUGUUUUAAACUUGUGGACAUUUCAUACCCAUGCAAUACUGAAGACCUCUCUCUGUCCUGCUGGCCCAGUGAGAUGCCGAGUGGUCAGCAGGCUUGCAGAUGUACUUCAGACUAACCCCAAGGAUGGGCUCUCGGGAUUGUAGGAAGGCCAAGCCAUGCCCCAGGCACAGCACGUUCUGACUGCUGUACUUCCAGGACCCCUGCCCACUCAGGACCACCUAGUCCUUGCACCUCAAAAGUUCGCCUUUUCAUUUCAAGCAUAAGGCAAUAAAUAGAUACUUGUAGCAAAGUGGGAGCGAGCUUCGCUGGACCAGGAGGGGAGAAGCCAAUUCACCUAGAAGGAAGCACAAUUUUCACUGUUUUUUGAACUUCGGUAAACCUUAUCUGUCUCUGUCACUUCAGGGAAGAGAACUGGUCACCACCCAGUCAGAAACGUUAACUCUGCUAGAUUUGUCAGGACAAAGGUAACCCAGGAGUGCUCCUGAGAUUCCGUCUAGGGUCCCAUGAAAACUGUUGGUCGAAGGAGAAGCUGUUGCCUCGUUGCGGUUUCUUGCUCACCAAGGGUUCCUCGGUGACCUUGGACUCGGGCGUGAUUUAAAAAAAAAAAAUACUUGAACCUGUCCCUCUAAAGCACCUCUGGUGUCAUUCAGAAAGUCGUCAGACCCUAGACCAAAACUCACCUCUCUGAGGAGGGGCAGUAACUGCCUGUGUCCUGGGUGAGUUGGUUGGUGACUGACACUUCUCAGUUUAGUGUCCUGUGUUCUUUUUGUCAUCCAUUGUGACAAUGUUUCCCUCCCUACCCCCUGGGGAGUUGUUUUUAAACUACUGAUUCUGGGAUCUGCAUCUUUUGCAAUGUGGUACUACUUAACGUUCCUUGAUAGAUUGUUUUUCCAGGGGGAAAGGCAAUAAGUUCCCCUAAACCCAUGUGAAUGUGAAGAAAAGCAGUGUUGCUUGG